ACUCUGCAGCCCAACGGUAUCCUACCAAAGGCCAAGUCCACCUAUGAAGUGGGCUCCCCCGAGGGACAUUUCCUGCCGCCGUAUCCACAGAACGUGCCGGUGUCGAGUCACGGAGCUUACAUGAACACAGAGGUGGGCAGUCCUCAGGAGCGGGUCAUAUGGAAGAGGGAUUUUCAGCUGCCCAGGGGAAUCCCACCAAAUCACAGACACAUCGCCUGCUUCUACAGUCCGGGUGUGACUGUACAACAGGCGCACGGUGAACAAGGGACAGUCGCACCAGAGAUCAGACCCAACCCACCAUCGUACAUGCACCCGCACAACAGCCCCGGGAGGCCGUUCUCGUCAUACGACCUAAAGGCAGAGUCGACGGUGAGAUACCAUUCAGGCUUCCUGCCCACGGGCACCAGCAGUCCACUUGUGGGGGGCAUCAGACCCCAGCGAACGGUGCGCUCCUCCGCCAGCUACACCCUGGGCCUGUCUCCAAACAUAGGACUUAGACCCAGUGUCCCAGACCAUUUUCACAGACACUCUGGUUGUCCCAACCCUCCUUACCCGAGACAGGACAGUCCCUCUCAACCGCGACCCUCCCCAACCGGAUCACUGGCCACCAGCCCCCCUGGCACAUGCUCUCCGGCUUUUAGGCCUUCACAGCACCCGUCACCCAGACCGCCCCCUGACCCGCCGAAGGUGACCCAUGAACAGUUUAAAGCUGCCCUGCAGAUGGUGGUGGACAAGGGAGACCCGCGGUCCUACCUGGAGAACUUCGUGAAGAUCGGCGAGGGCUCGACGGGGGUGGUGUGCAUCGCCAUGGAAAAGCACAGCGGCAGGGAGGUCGCAGUCAAGAUGAUGGACCUGCGGCGCCAACAGAGACGAGAAUUGCUGUUCAAUGAGGUACAAAGUCACAAGUUAUGUUUCUGAGGGCGGCCAUGUUGGUUCUGACCAGUAGAAGUCAAUCAGUUACAUCCAUUCAGUUCACCUGGACAUGUGCGAACGCUAUCACUCAGAACCAAGGGGUGUGUAAUA